GUGGAAAUUUUUUCGUCAGCCGAACAGAACCAGAGAUACAACUGUCUGAAGUUUGAGGACAAUUUCGAGGCCAGGCAUUUUGAUGAAAUAACGUCAAUCAUGCCUCCACCUGGUAAGGAACGAUUGGGGGCACUCUCAAAACAGCCAGGCAAGAGGCGUGAGUACCUGAACAACAAUUUUGCUGAUUUACCAGGCAACUCGGAAGACUUGAAGAAGGGGCAUGUGCAUCGCAUCUAUCUUGAGAAUGAUAAGAGUCGAGCCAAAGCCAUGAGGAUCAUAACUGAGCAUUAUUCAUGCAAGAACAUCCAAGCUGAAAUGAAUGCACUUAUGAAAAAGAUGAAAAAGUACUCGGACAGUACAUCAGAGAGUGUCAUGAACAGAUUUAAAGCUACUUGCUGUGAACCAUUUGUACUUCAAAUGCCUGAAGUGUGUGCACCACUACCUGACUUACCAGAACCAUCAGAGAGUACCGAAUCACAAGUUCAUCAUGAUGAGCCUAUGGUCUCAUCAUCUGAACAGCCACACAAUGUGACAGAGGAAGCUCAGACACCAGUGAAAGACGAUGAUGUGAGCCUACCUGGACAUUCAGGUUCUGCAGAUUCUGGACCUUUACAUUCUCCAUCAUCCAUUCGCUCUUCGAAGCGCAAGCAGCCUGCAACACCCAGAAAACGUAAACUGAAAGAGCGAUUACAAUUUGUUACACAAUCAAAAUCCGAAAUGAAGGAGAGAUAUAAGUUGAAAGUAUCGACCCUAAGAAGUCUUGUCAAUUAUCAACAGAUAAACAAAAUCAAGCGACUCAACCAAACUAUUGCCCGAAAGAACCGGCAAAUAAAGGAGGCAAAAGCUCAAGUCGCUCUAGAAGUACAAGAGGAAAUGAAUAAAUACAAAAAGAGAUCAAAAAAUGCCCAAAGGAGACACAAGCGGGCUUGCCUAAAGACAAAGUCUGCGAUUGUAGAAACAAGAAUGCAAAGUGUGUCUGAAUGCAAUGACUUGAAGAAGAAAUUACAGGAGUUGAGACAUAAUGUUCAGAAAUUAGAGAAUGAUAUUCUUAUAACCGAAGAAUCAUUGGAAGUUGGAUCAGCGGUUCAGUUUCAAAAGGAAGGCAAGACGUACAGUGAUGAGAUGCGAAUGAGCGUUUAUGACCAUGUUGUAAACAAUGUUCCCACAUCAAGCAUCCCCACCUUGAUUAAGAAGACUGGGAAGAGAUUUGGUAUUGACAUCCCCGAUGUUCCUCAUAGAAACACUGUGGAACUGAUGGCACGAGAGCUCGGCAUUGUCUCUGAUCUCCUUAGUUCCGAAGUGCUGGUCGACCAGGAGGAUCUCACUAUUGCCUUCGAUGCCACAACUCAGGAAGGUGUACACAUCAACAGCAUUCACAUCACAAGCCAGGAGAAAUGUUACAUCCUCGCUGUUGACCAGUUACCUGGUGGCAUGGCAGCAGAUUAUGCAAUGCACAUCAAUAACACUGUAGAUCAUCUUAGUAAUGUUUACUGUCAAUUUUACAGCACAGACUUCACUCUAACACGCCAAAAAAUAAUAAAUCACGUAUCAAAUACUUUAACAGAUCGUGCUGCUGUCAACCAUGCCACAAUUCGACAAAUUGAACUUGACUGGGGCAAACAUCUCAACGAAUUGAAUUGCCAUCUUCAUCCCUUGGACACCAUAGCCAGCUCUACUCGGUCUGCUCUCAAGGCUAACGAACCCAGCAAUCUUGGGAAGAAGUUGUUUGGAACAGACUGCAUCGCCCACCAGUUAAUUCUGAGUUUUAACAAAUUCAGGUACAAGGAUAGCCGCGGUGAUCCCAAAGGUUUCGUCAGUGCACUAGAGAGCGCCGGUCUUCCAAAGGGUCUGCUCCCACGUUACAGGGGAAAUAGGCUACACGUUAUGUUCCACAUCAGUGAGCAGCUCCACCAUCAUGAAGAUUUCUUCAUGAAACUCCUUACUGAAACACCGGUAACAUGUGGUGGUCUUCUCAAGGCUCUGCUCCAUGACUAUUCAACUCCAGUGGCUAAAGUGGAACUUCACGUUCUUGGCCUUCUCGGCAAGCUCCUGUCAGGCCCGUGGAUGCAGAAGUUUUACCAGUCCAGCGAGUCAGACGUGAACCACAUAGAUGGGAUCGAAGUAGUGAAGGAGGUGCUGGCCCAGUUGAAAGAGUUUUCACAGGAUCCUUCAGCUACACUCACCACCAAGACUGAUUUCUUUGGAAAUUUGCUUGCUGAAGAUGCCAUGUUAAAGUCAUUGCAAAGGCCACCAGUAGAUCCCGAGCUCUUCAACUCAAUGAUGAAAGCGUGCCUUUUGAAAACUGUUGAAGUUCUCCAACGCCAGUAUGCCCGUUAUUUCACUCUCAAUGUAACUGAAACACUUAGAAAAGAAACUGAAUCUGCACGCUGUCAUAAUAUAGAUGCGGAGAGUGUAAUGGGCAUGUUCAGUGCCGCAAAGGAGCAUGCCCCGAAUGCCACAUUGUGUUUUCUGUCUGCACGGAUCAAGGCGGUCAAAAAUAAUGUGGUUGACUAUCUGGAUAACCUGCAAGGAGAAAAAAAGAGAAAGGUUAUUGGGCUUGCAACAACCCUAGCCAGGAAACGGAACACAAAUAGAAGAAGGAGAACACAUGAGAUCAAGACAGAAAUUGCAAAACGAAUGAAUGAUAAACUGCAAAAAAGGAACCAAGUGAAUCGUAAGAAGUUGGAAAGGAAAAUCAAAGAUUGUAGCUUGGCCAACCUUCAUACUGAGUUUAAGGAGUUUGGAGAAGAGGUUGUGAAUUCAAUGUCUGAAAUAUUGACCGGUAGGGUGAUUGGACAUGAGAUAUGCCAUAUUUGGUAUGACAAUGACACGCAGCAAAGGACUUUGUACUACGGAAAGAUUGAGGACCUGAAGAGAGGAGAUACUUACCAAGUAGCGUAUUGGGGAGAAGGGGAGACAUACGAAGACGAUGCUGAAGACUAUGAUAUGCCAAAGUUUGCCCUAGCUGCGGACUUCCUCUGUGAAGAUCUCACCUUGUCAUAAUAAAAUCCCUUGAAACAUUUAAAGACUAAAGGGCAAUGUAUUCAACAGAUAAAUGAGAAUUGUAAGUAGAUCCAUUUAUUUAAUAGUCUGAGACAUGAACAUUUCAAUUUCCCUUUCUUUAGAUCUGUUUCCUUCUUUGAGCCAUGUAUUGACGACUUUCAUUAUUUUCUUUUAGUUUUUUAAAGUCUUUUUUUGACUUGAAUAUUCUCAAACUAAUGGAAAUAGAGCUCUAAAAGGAAAUAAAAUUUACAACAAAUUGUCAUAUUGUAGAACUUAUAUAAUGGAUGAUUUAUGCAAAGUUUCAGCCUGUAACGACUUGUUAUUGAUUUUAUAUGAUUUUCCAUCGAUAUGUCAGAAAAUAAAAUGGCUGCCGUUGCCAUUAAUAUAUGCAUGAUUUGGUGGUUGAUUAAUUAAUUAUUGAUUAAUCAAAAUUUGCUAUUUUAUAUUUGGAUGUUAUUUUCUAUCCUUCAUUCUUCCAAAGGUUUUUCGUUCCAUUAGGAUAUGUAAAAAAACAAAAAAGUUGCAUUCUUUCAAAUUGAACACCAUUUUCACAUCAGAUUGGUCACUAACGGUCACACAACCCUCCAUUGAUGCGUGUAGUUAAGGGAGACCAAAAACGAGCAUUUUGGUAAUCAUUAAAGUACCAUUAUUUCACUAAUCCUUGACCUUGGGUGAUGAUCUUGGCAUUAUUUUACAUGUAUUUUUUAUGCUCUUUCCAAUGGUACUGGUUUCAAGGAGAUUCAAUGAGUUUUAUUUUUUUGUUCACAUACACUAAGUAUUGGUAGGCAGGACAACAAGAAUUUCAAAAUGUGUUUGUUGUCGAGAGAAUGAUAUCAAAAUAUUCCUUAAUAUCUAAUUUAUCAUGUGAAACCACUUAAAACUUACGUAAAAUUCAUUUA